UAAUAUUGUUGUACCUUGUAGACUGAAAAUGACUAUUUGUCAGCUUCUAUUUGUCUUCUCUUCAUUCACUCCUUUCUCUCCAUUUGCUGCCUAGUGUAACCUUCAGCAAAUUUAUAUUCCUCUGCUUAUUAAUUUCAUGGCAUCUGAGUUUUUUUUGGUUUUAUGUGGGAAAAUUCUAUUCCCCUUUGUUUGUAUUCCUAAAUCCAAAGUCCUAAUCAGGAAAAAUCAAAGAAAAUUAGAGAUUCUUGGUGGGUUUUGUGUGUUUUUCUUGUUUGGUUUAUGGGGUCUCUUGAUGGAACAUAAAAAAUGCUGAAAGGUUUGACUUUAUGGGUUCUCUUGAUAGAAGAUAAAACAAGCUGAAAUAAAGGUGGUCUGAUAUUCUAAUCUGAGAGAAGAUGGCCAUGUCACUGGAGGACCUCCUCGCGAAGGAAGGAUUCAAUAAGAGGAUGUCAAAAACGAUGCCUAGAGCUUCAUCGGGAACAAAGGGAAGAAGUGGCCCUAUUUAUCGACUUCAAGAUCCUCAUAAGUUUGUUGCUUCAUCUGGCACAAAAAAGCCGGAGAGGACAAAAUCUGAUAUUCCAUGCCAUGACUUGAAAAGUAAGCACAGAAUGGGUUCUUGCGAUAUAUCAUCAGAUGUUAAGAGAACAAGCAUUAGUUCUUUUGAUGAAUUUUUAUCUGCCGAGGCUUCUCCAAACAAUGAGAUAGUUGAGGUCGGAGAGAGAAAUGAUUCAAGAUACAACCGUAUAUACUCAAAUCGAACUUACAGAAAUGAGAGUGGUGAAGGUAGGUCUGGUACCAGAAGUUCUGAGGACACAGAAUCAAAGAGACAAUCCUUCGGAAAAGAUACACAAGCUACAGCAAAAUGUCUCAAUAAAUCUAGUAAAAAGGUUUUAGAACAUCCAAGCUUUAAAGAUGGUUAUCAGAAACAUAUGGAACAACCCGAGACCUCAAACAGCAGAUCAACUAGAAGUUCAGUAACCAACAAAAGUUCCGAUGCAACUACAAGCCUAAGGAAAGCUGAGAUUGAGCACACCGCAGCUAUUCCUGCUCUUGAUGAACUUGCUAUUCAGGCUGUAAUCUCUAUCUUGAGCGGGCAUAUAAAACAUUUUCUCCUAGAUGAGGAUUUUAGGACAUCACUUCGUCACAAUAGCUUCGCUUCGUUAAAUUUUAUUGGAUUUGAAGAAGGUCUGAAUACUGAAAGCAAGAUCAUAGCCACUCUUGAACAAGCUAUAGAAAUAGUAGAAAGAGCUGCAGAGGAUUGUGCAAAUGAGAAAGAGCUUAAGAAAGCCUCACUGCAGCUUAGUGUAAUCACAGGGUUGAAUUCAGACGAGUUACGGGAUCGAUUUACGUCCGGAAUUCCCAAUUCUAAAUUGGCAGCUUGUGCACAUCUGUAUCUCAGUGUCAUAUAUAAGAUACAGAAGAAGGACCGUAUCGCUGCAAAACACCUCCUGCAAGUUUUCUGCGAUUCACCCUUUCAAGCAAGGACUAGUUUGUUGCCUGAUUUGUGGGAUCGCAUGUUUCUUCCUCAGCUUUCACAUUUGAAGGUCUGGCAUGAUUCAGAAGCUAAUUUUCUUGGUGACCUACGUAAUAAGUCAAGGAAACUGAAGCUGCUUGACAAAUUAUACAGUGAAAAUCUGGACAAAGGUACUUAUCAGUUUUCAGUUUACUACAAGGAUUGGCUAACCGAAGGGGCUGAGAUUCCUUUAGUUCCUUAUAUUCAAAUUCCUCCAAUAUCUGUUUCGCGUGAAGGUUCCUUUAGCAACUCUUCCCACUUAAGUAGUGGUGUUGGCGGUUUCUCACCUCAGCCUGUUGUCAGCAAAAAGUUGUAUGAUGAAGUAUUCCGUCGUUCACAUAAACUAGGAGCUGAAUCAGAAGAGCUCCAGGAAGAAAGCUAUGAAAUUAGUGUGAGGAAGCCUGCUAGGUUUGCUGCUAAAAAUCUGGUAGCAUUGACAUACUCCGCUGAAGUGAUUAAGUGUAUAGAUCAAGAUGCUGUGCCUGGUGCUACAGUUGAUUCAUAUGGUGCAUCAACCGCUUGGGAUGCGGCGGGGGUAUUUGGAAUUGAUUCUCCAGAAGAAAAAUUUUUCAUGGAAAUAUUUGGAAACUCUGAUAUGAAGGAAACAGCUCCAUUAAAGACCAACAUACUGGAUUCAUUUGCACCUGCAGAUCUGACCAAGUUCAUAUUCAUCAGGAUAACAAAAGCAGCUCUUGAGCAGGAGACUGAGGAGGUAGUGCUUCCUGCUCAAGGAGUCAAUUAUGUGGGAAGAACUUCCACAAACAUUCCACAGGAAUUUAUCUGCCCUUUGACUGGACUUAUUUUUGAAGAUCCAGUUACCCUUGAAACUGGCCAAACCUUUGAGAGAGCAUCUAUUAAAAGCUGGAUUUCGAAAGGAAACAAAACAUGCCCAGUAACACGAAGAUCGUUAGAAUGUCAAAAUGUGCCCUGCAGUAACUUCAUUUUGAAGCGUGUCAUCACCAAUUGGAAGUCAGAACAUUGGAGGCAACUUCUGGCUUAUUUCUCUAAGUUAGCUGGAAAUUCAGGGGGACACGGUUGGUUGAAGAACGAAAUAGCCGUUUCCGUGUUGGAACAACUACUUAAUGCUUUAAAUCAGGAUCAAAGAAAAGCAGCUUUAGUGCAGCUUCUAUCCCUCGGAAGCUUACAGUUUCUCAUCGAGAGAUUUAAUCGUGGAAACGCAAGGGAGAAGAUAUGUGUUUCUGUAUUACUUUGCUCUUGCAUUGAAGCUGACACUAAUUGCAGAAAUGUAGUUGCUAGAAAUGUUGAUAAGAUACGGCUGCUUAGUCUUCUUCAAAGAGAAGAGUUGGUAUUAAGGAGAAACGCCUUUUUACUCCUGACUGAACUCAUAUGCCUUAACAGGAGAAAAGAUGCAAAGUUCUUCCUUAAAAGUCUUCAUAAAGAUAACAUAGUCAAAGCGAUGCAUGAUUUGCAGAUGUAUCUCCAGGAUUGUCCAUGUGAACAGAAAAUCAUGGUUGCUCUGCUGCUCUUGCACUUCAAUCUUCUGGCCGAAACAGAUAUGCCCAGCACAUACAGAGAUGAUGCUGUUGAUGCUAUGACUUUGGCCUUGGAAAGAAGCUUAUCAGAUGGAAGGAGCAGAGAAAUAUGUUGCAAAGCACUCCUUAUUCUGGGAGGGCAUUUUUCGUUCUCGGGUAAGAUUAUGACAGAGGAUUGGAUCCUAAAGCAAGCAGGGUUUCUUGAAGGCUUUGGAGUAGAAUAUACCGUUGAGGAGCAGAAUAAUGUGCUUGCUGAUGCAACUGUUAUGAAAAUGGAGGAUGAAGAACAAGAAGCCAGGGAAAAGUGGUUGUUAGAUGCAUCAGCUUUACUCAUUGGCAGUGGCAAGAAGUCAUUUGUGGAGGCUCUCUCAAAGUGCUUAGGUUCAGGAAACUCGGAAAUGGUCCGAAUCUGUCUAACAACGGUCGCGUGGCUGAGCUCAGCACUUGCUUUACUGAACGACUCGGAAUUUGAGCUAUCUGCAUUUUUAGCUGUUAUCACUCAGCUGAUAGAAUGCUUACAACAUGGUGAUCUGAUUGAGCAUAAGGUUUUAGCUUCAAUGUGUCUACUCAAUUUCAGCAAAAUUCAAGGGUCUUAUUGAUGAUGAUAGCUGAGGAUUUUGUUGGUCCACUA